AGCGCUAUCGAUCGUGCGCGUCCCGGUGCGUACGCCGCCGCCUCGCUCGCAGCCCGCCAGGGCGUCCACACGGUACUCUAGUCAUGCGCGAGUGUCCUCCGCCAUCGCAUCGACCGACAUUGGAGCAGCACUAAACGCGCGAGUGCCGCGGUCGCGCCCGGCGGCCUCGACAGACCUACGUGGAGGAUCCUCCGCCGCCGCCGCCGGCUCUGGGUCGUUCCUCCAUGUGUGACCGGAUCGCGUUCAAAAAAUCGAUCGGAGACGGUGGCCGCUGGCUUGCGAUGAACUCCAGCUAAUCGUGAGGUCCAGGUGGAGGAGGAGGGGUGACCUUGCGACCCGCUUACUCCCGAUCGCUGCUGAACGGCCGACCAUCAUAGAUACCACCACCAGGCACAAUGUCGUCGAUUAGAGUGCUAUCGGUUGUAGUCAAAUGACAAUAACUAGAAUAAAGUGUCGGGAGCGCUCAUGAGACAGUCGUGCCACCGUCUGCUCGAGCACCAACAGGCCGGCGGGGACGAACCCCCGCUUUACUCACCCAUAGAUCAAAUUUCAGCGGUACCUGAUCAUGUGGGCCGGGAGGCCGGCAGCAAGCUGACACGAUAUGCGCCGGCGGAGGAGGACGAGGCGACUCUCAGGGAACUUCUACUUAGCCUUCAGAGACAGGUGGGCGUGAUGAGCAUGAAUCUUUCCGCCAAGCUGGACGACCUGCAGCGGGGCGACCGACAACUAGAGACGACGGUCGCGCUCUGCGAGAUCCGCUCUCAGCUACAAGAACUGACCAAGAGCGUCGAGUCAUGCCAAAGUGAGGUCUCCGAGGUGAAACGAGACAUGGUUGCCAUCAAGCAGGAGCUGGAUACGGUGCAGCAGGUGAAAGAAGAGAUCGAAGAACUGCGGGAAUACGUGGACAGGCUUGAAGAACACUCGCAGAGGCGAAAGCUUAGGUUGCUUGAGCAGGGCCUUACAUUCUUCUUGUCAUACGCCAUCUUGGCCGCGGUGCUUGGAAUGUUGCAGUUUGGCUACAACACUGGUGUCAUCAACGCUCCUGGCAGAAACAUCGAAAACUUCAUGAAAGACGUAUACAAAGACCGCUACGGGAAGGACAUUCACGAAGAUACCGUAAACAAGCUAUACUCUAUAGCAGUCAGCAUCUUUGCGAUUGGAGGCAUGCUGGGCGGUUUCUCUGGAGGAAUGAUCGCGAAUCGAUUUGGCAGGAAGGGAGGUCUUUUGCUCAACAACAUUCUCGGCAUCAGCGGCGCGAGUCUUAUGGGCUUUACCAAGAUAUCACAUUGUUACGAAAUGCUCUUCUUCGGCAGAUUCAUUAUAGGCGUCAACUGCGGUCUUAAUACUUCGCUUGUACCAAUGUACAUAUCGGAGAUAGCACCACUGAACUUGCGCGGCGGACUGGGCACUGUCAACCAACUCGCCGUCACCGUUGGAUUGCUGCUUUCGCAAGUCCUAGGCAUCGAACAAAUCUUUGGCACUGAUGAAGGAUGGCCCAUUUUGCUUGGUUUGGCAAUUUGCCCCGCAAUCUUACAGCUACUACUGUUACCAGCAUGCCCCGAAUCGCCACGCUACUUGCUAAUAACGCGCCAGUGGGAGGAGGAAGCAAGACGAGCCCUCCGGAGGUUACGAGCCAGCAAUCAAGUCGAGGAAGAUAUAGAGGAGAUGCGAGCAGAAGAACGCGCGCAACAAGCCGAGGCCUCAAUAUCCAUGUGGGAACUGCUUUGCUCACCGACGCUGCGAGCUCCGCUGCUUAUCGGUGUCGUCAUGCAACUGUCCCAGCAACUAAGCGGAAUCAAUGCAGUUUUCUACUAUUCUACAUCGCUUUUUACGUCAUCGGGUUUGACGGACGAGUCGGCGAAGUUUGCCACUAUGGGAAUCGGCGCCAUCAUGGUGGGCAUGACUCUGGUGUCGCUGCCUCUCAUGGAUCGCACCGGACGUCGCACUCUACAUCUUUACGGCCUCGGCGGAAUGUUUAUCUUCUCGAUUUUCAUCACGAUCUCUUUUCUCAUAAAGGAGUUUUUCGGCUACGUGCAGGAAAUGAUUGACUGGAUGAGCUACCUGUCGGUGGUGUCAACGCUGAGCUUCGUGGUGUUCUUCGCGGUGGGCCCCGGCUCCAUCCCCUGGCUGAUCACCGCCGAGCUGUUCUCGCAGGGCCCGCGCCCGAGCGCCAUGGCCAUCGCUGUGCUGGUCAAUUGGCUGGCCAACUUCGUGGUCGGAAUCGGCUUUCCUAGUAUGAAGGCUCUAUUGGAAAACUAUACAUUCCUGCCUUUUAGCGUAUUCCUUGCAAUUUUUUGGAUAUUUACGUAUAAAAAAGUUCCUGAAACCAAAAACAAGACCUUUGAAGAGAUUUUGGCACUGUUCCGCAACUCGAAUGGGAGGGACAGUUUCCGCGACAGCCGGCUCUACGGCAGCAUGAUGAAUUGCGUGAACGCGCUGGAGCAGCAGCUACCGCCGCCGCCGCCGCCGGCGCCCGUUGACGAGAAACACGACUCACUGUCGGAGCAGUCGUCGGGCGCGGGCGAGGCGGGCCGGCCGCCGCCGCCGCUGCCGCCGCCGCGCUUCCCGGGCAGCGGCAACGUCUGACAAUGGGAGCCCGCUGCGCGUGCGCCGCUAGUCGCGCCCAUCAAGGCCGCCGCCAACUUCUUGUUUCAUGGACUCAAGCGUCAAGCCGCGGGCCGCGCCUCUAUCACUACCACACAACAAAUGUUCUAAAUUGAUGUGAUUAGGUUAAUAAAACGAAGUAGUCUGUAAGUCACGGCGUAAAUUAACAUAGUUCUUUAGUCAUUUUAUGACGUAAUUUAUGUAAUGCAUACAUAGGUACCGUAUUAAGUGCCAUCGGUUUCUUGUACCCAUUUUAAUUAGGUCUUCAUAAAAUUUUACUUAAAUAUAACGAUUAUCGAACAAAAUUGAAGAUUUGAAGAAAGUUUCAAUAGGGCUCAAUUGGAAGUCUUUGGAAAACUACACUACAAGUUCUAACUUCAGAUACCUACCUAUAUAUUAAGUUAAGCGAUAAGUAUCUAUGCGACUAUGAGGUUAAUUCAAUAAUGUAAAUGAUAAUAGUAAAUUCGCAGGAGAUGAGAUCACGAGCUCGUAUUUACACAUGUUGUUUUGGACAUCGACGGCGAUAUUACUCGCUCAAGCUAAGUUUGCACCUCGCGUCGAUUACGUCACACUGCCGCUUAGGUACGAAAUAUGCGAACCGUACCGACGCGACAAGACCACCGCGGAGAGAUGAGCGGGGAAGUGGGAGAGGCGCCGCAUUCCAGCGAGGUGCAAACUUAGCUUGAACGAGUUAUUCCUACAACCACCUGUUACCACCUGUGUGCGGGUCACUUGUCAUAUAAAAUUAUAUAGGUAUAACAUUAGAAUAAUCUAAAAUGGGUACGAUGAGAGUACAUUAUUAUGCUUACGACAAUGAUGAAUUGUCACUGAAGUAUACAAAAUACGAUGUACAUACAUGAUGUGACUGUAUUUUAUUGUUGAUUUUUAUACAUAAUUAUAUUAUUUUACGAAUGUU